UAUUUUUGUUCUACAUCGCGACGGUGCCUGUUCAAAACCCAGCGGGAAGUCGUUUGCUAACGGAAGUUAGCAUGCGACAUUCUUGUUUUGUUUUUACAUACCGGAGGACUGUUGUUUUCACUACCAAUUUUCUACUAAAACAAUUGUUUUGCUGUGACCACGCUUUAGAGACCGAAACAAACUACUGCGCUUUUUAAUGUAAUAAUGGCUUGCAAAAGUAUACCCCAGCCUCAAAUGUAAAGGUUAUUUAAUUGUCGUUUCCUCAUGCGACAGAACAACACAAAGUGACCCACUGUUGUGAAGUGGAAAAUCAUACGGUUUCCAUUUUCUUUUAUGAAUAUAUUUACAAAUGUGGCGUGCAAAGAUAUUCAGCCCCUUUAUUUUGAUACCCCGAAAUAAAAUCCAAUGUAACUUGUCUUUAGAAGUCACACUUGGUAAAUAGUCCAUGUGUGUGUAAUCUAAUGAAUACAUUUGUUUUGUGAAUUCUUACGGAGUUGUCUAAUGAAUACAUUUGUGAAUUCUUACGGAGCAACGUGACAACAAAACAAAAUAGCAUUACAGACGCGUAUGAAAUCGUUCAUAACGAAUAGAAUCAUGGUGGGAGGGGAUUGCUGAAGUGCAUGACCUUUUAUACUGCCCUCACUGUUUUUGCUAAAGAUGUUCAAUUUGCGCUGGUUAAGUCGAGUUUUUAAGUUAUUAAAUGUUUUUUGUGUGGACGUCUCGGUUUCCUGUAGUAGCCAUUGGUAGAUUUUUAUUUUAUUUUAUUUUUUAUUAAACUGAAUCAUGUCAGACAAUCGGAGGAGUUUCCCCAAGCAGAAGACUGAAUCAAAUGAUUACUGAGAUAUGUUGAGAAAUAAUGAACUUUUCCUACUUAACUUUAUUUUUAAGGGACUUUUUGACCACAUUCUAUCACCUAGAAACGUUCCUCCAAAAGGCCCUUAAAAAAAACGAUACUCAAAAUUCAAUUUCCGCAGAAUCCAUUGUCUAAUUGUUAAAAUUGUUGCUGCAUUAUACUCUUGUUGAAGUGCCUUUUCCAAUUAGGCAUUUUGACAGACUGUCAUUUUUUGUAAAUCUGGUCACGUUGCUCCUUGGAGGUUUGUUUUUGAACAAACAACACCAUGAAGCCAAAGGAACACACCAUACAGGUCAGGGACAAAGUUGUGGAGAAUUUCAGGGCAGGAUUAGGGUACAAAAAAAUAUCCCAAGCUUUGAACAUCUCACGGAGCACUGUUCAAUCAAUCAUCCGAAAAUGGAAGGAGCAUGGCACAACUGGAACGCUACCAAGAAAUGGUCGUCCACCGAAACUGGAAGGCCAGACAAGGAGAUCAUUGAUCAGAGAACCAUCGAAAAGGCCAGUGGUAACUCUGGAGAAGCUGCACAAAUCCACAGCUCAGGUCCUUGAUAUAUUGAUAGGCAAGGGUGAACAUGGAAGGCGAAUCCCGAAGUACUUGAUUCACUUUAAUGGUUGGAGCAGAAGCUGGGAUCGCUGGGCUGCAGAGGAUCAUGUCCUAAAGGAUACAAAGGAAAGCCGCAAGUUGCAACGUAAACUGGCGCAUGAAGCUCUUGGUCGCAUGAAGAAAAAGGGACGGGCCAAGAGGCGACAUCCUUCUGGCACUAAAUCCUCCCUGAAGACUCUCGCUAAGGAGGACGACAGUGAUGACACGUGCUUGAUUUCAACUUCUGGUAGCAGUGAGGGAGACGGUUCUGAAGCAGAAUCUUCGAAUAGCGGGGACACUACGUUCUCUGAGGACAUCAAUAAAAUGAAAGUUGAACCUGAUAUCAGUGUCAAGAGGGAAAGUGAGGAGAGGAUUGUACAUGUUGACAUCACUAUCCCAGAAGUCCUCAAGAAGAAAUUGGAGGAUGACUGCUUUUACAUCAAUAAGAGGAAGAAGUUGGUGAUGGUUCCUUGUCAGACGAAUGUUGUGCAGAUCUUGGAGUCGUAUGUGAAGCACUUUACCAUUAACAAGGCUUUCAUGGCCAACGAGCGCUACAGGCGGCAGCAACAGCAGAGUAUGACACAGAGCAGCAGCCCCCAGCCAAUCCCUCCAGAAAAGAAUGAGGAGUUGUGUAAGGAAAUGGUUGAUGGCCUGAGGAUCACGUUUGACUUCACUCUCCCCAUGAUCCUCCUCUAUCCGUGUGAGCAAGCUCAGUUUAAAAAGGUCAGCUCUUCUCGGCUUUUCUUGUCCGUCAACGAAGGAUCCCCGUGCCCCAGCAACACCCAGCGAGAGCGCAGUCCCAGCCCGGCAGGUCACAACCCCCCCACGCCUCAGUCAACAGACAGCCAGCCAGCCCUGAGUGAUGUUUCCACCACUACGCCCACCGCUCCGACUCCAAAGCGCCGUCGCCAUCCUGACAUGGACUGUAUCUCGUACCAGUCCCAGUCGCUCAGGCGUUCCACCAGGAAUACGCCCGGGGAACGCCUGGCGGAAGGGAGCAGUGGCGGUGGAGGCAGUUCAACAGCAUCGCCGCAACUCAAACGGCGCUUGAUCGACAGCUCAUCACAAUCAAAAUUCAUCCUCAACCUUGAGAGAAAAACUCCUGUACAUAGUGGUUCAUCCUCCCCGUUGCCCUUGACUCCAAGCAAAGAACGAAGCGGACCAUUCCAUGGCCUUGAGAGCCGUCGAAAUAAUGAGCUCAACGAGGUGACAAACCAAUGUGUAAUCUUGGUGAUGUGUAAAGUUCUGAGUUGGAAGCUGACCCCUGAUAACUAUCCCUUGAAUGACCAGCCUCCUCCACCUUCCUACCUUUAUGGAGUGCAGCACCUUCUGCGACUUUUUGUUAAGCUCCCCGAGAUCCUUGGAAAGAUGCAGAUCCCUGAAAGAAAUCUAAGAGCCUUGGUCAAACAUCUUGAGCUUUUUCUCAGGUUUCUGGCUGAGUUCCAGGAGGAUUUCUUUCCCGAAUCUGCUUAUGUGUCAGCAUCCGAGGCUCACAAUAACAUGAAGCAACCAAGGCCUGUUUACUGAAAGGGCCGGAUGGUCUCUGUCUUCACACUAGCAUAACUUAUCAGAAUGACUUUGCAUUUGUACUGAGAAAAAUAAAACAUGGAGGUCCCUCCUCCAAAAGCAC